AUGUCGCGUUUUCUUGUGGACUCGAACAGUCGUGUAAUUUUGCUUCCCAAAUCGGAAACGCCGGUCACAUACAAAGUCGUAGAUUUGCCUACUUCCAGAGAUCUUACACUGUACAAUUCGUAUUUGCUAGACAAAGACACCUUAUACGAGCUUGGAGAUGUGCGAAACGACAACCCAUAUGUGAAGAAGGAGAAUAUGCCGUUGUUGAAAAACGGCGAUGCAGUCAAAUCCUUUAUCUUCGAAGAUGAACAAAAUGGUGAAGGAGCCAUCAUACAAUCCAGUAGCGUUAUAGUGAGCAGCAAGUUCGAUCUUGCCUGGCUCCUAAUUGCCAUUUUCUACAAGCAUAAUCAGUUUUCGAAAAACUACAUUUCUGCCGAGGAUGUCAUGGACAAAAUUGCUGGCGUCUUCAGUGGAAACGGAAAUGAUCAAUGGGUACAUAAAAUUCCAUACUUUUUAUAUGAGCAAAGCUUAGCAAAGAUCUCUGAAAGUAUAGAUGAGAGUGGUGAUAGCUUUUUCAAGUUUUCGUUGAAGAAGAGUUUUGAGUUUGUUGAAAAAAAAGUAGAACGUUUACAAACGUAUUUUGCUAGUGGUGACAAUUCUGUAUUGGUGACUAUCAAGGGGAAAUUAACUGACACUACUCUUGCAGAGCAUACAAUUCCCGAGCCAAUUUUGAAAUCGAUGGUGUUACGGUAUGCUGUUGACUAUGUUUGUGAUUCGUAUAUAGGAAGUGAGUUCAAGAAGGAGUUUAUUUCUUUUGUCAAAUACGAUUUCUCUGAUCUUGACAAGUACCUUGAUGUGUUACAGGAAAGGCAGAAGAACCUCCAGAUCGUCGAAUCCAACAUGAAUUCUGUAGCCCAGACGUCUGCUUCGGCUUCUAAGAAGAAGGUCGAACUUAAGAAAGGGAAGAAGAAGGAGGUCAAGAAGAAGGUAGCUGUGGGCAAAGGUGCGCUUGAUGGAUUCUUCAAGAAGGCCUAACAGUUUGUUCAUAUAGAUCACUUACGAUUAACGAUAAUAUCAUAAAUCAGAAGAAUCAAUCAGCCAAUAUGGUCAUAGAUUGGAAUCAUGAUCAUAAUCACAAUUCAAAAGUCAUAAUGAACAAUUCAUUAUAAAAUGCAUAUAUCAUUUUUCAUAGAAAUACACCAUAACCAUUACA